GGGGAGGUCAGUGUCGACGCGCGUUCCUCUCGCUCCCAUUUCGCUCUCGCAACGCGUGCGGUCAAACGUGUACGAAUGUGCGGUCGCGCGUGUGCGUAUAUAUUAUAUACAUACGUCACAUAUAUAUAUAUAUAUAUAUGUACAUAUAUAUACACGCAUAUAUAUCUAGAAUCACAUAUGUGCGUUACACAGUGCGAUAGGAGCAAAGUGGUCGAGCGUGCAAGUGCCGGGAGCACCGCUGGAUAUACGUGAUUCGCGCCUGGAUCGCGCUCUGCUGAUCGCCGUCUCUGACCUCUCCUCUCUCUCUCUCUCUCUUAUUCUCCUCCUUCAUCUCUUUUUUUUUUUCAUCUCUUUCCCCUCCUCCGUUUCGCGAACGCACCAAAUGUUCGCGCCGCAUGCCCCGAGUGCUCGCAGCACUGCCGCCGCUCGUUUUCGUCGCCGUCGUCGUGCCGUCUGACGUUCGGCAAACAAUCAUCGCGUUCCGAUACGGUGGAUGACUCCGCCGGGGACGAAUCCGUAAAAGAAGAAGAAGAAGAAGAAGAAGAGGAACGCAAGAAGAAGAGAGAAACCAAGCACGCGCGAGAGAGAAACGAGAUUCUCUCGCAAGAGCGUUCGCGUUCGAAAUAUUCUCCGAUCGUGUGCGAAUUUUCCUCGCGCGGUUUCUUCUCUCUUUCUCCCUCUCUCUCUCUCUCUCUCUCUCUCUCUCUCUCUCUAUAUAUAUAUAUAUAUAUAUAUAUAUAUAUAUAUAUAUAUAUUCCUGUUUGUCGUCAUCCGGAGCCAUUUUGCCGAAAUGAAAAUAAUACCGCGAGCCCUCGCGUUCUCCGCGCCUUCGACUCUACUCGCGAUCUUCCUCGUGUGGUGCCACUGUGUACGCUCGGCGGUGUACGCGAAGUCGUUGCAUCACUUGAAGACAACGUCCGUCGACAACGGCACCGAGAUCGUCGCCAACUGCAAUCUCAUCAGGCCGUUUUUCGAUACCAAGAACAUCACGCUCGUGCCAGCCUCUGAGGACUCUUCGAACGCGACGUGCCAUGGCAAGUGCUGCAGCAAGGAGAUGGAGGAGCGUUUGAAGCAACAAGCUCGGGCCGACUUCCACAAUCUGAUUCAUCAUCACAGCAGAAGUCUGCAGGGUCUCCUCGUCACCACCGCCGACGCUCUUAGAGAGACGGUGAUUGUUCUGCUGCGAAAGUCGGAGAACAAGACGCUGACCAUGUUCGACCAGGUGUACCGCUCGAUGGCGGUGCUGAGCAGGCCCUCGAUCCGAUCGCUCUACCAGGCGAUGGUGGACUACGUGUCGCCCGUUGAUACCCCGGACGACCAGCAAGCGUUGACGCGAGACACGUUGCAGGAGCGCUUCCGCGAGUUCUUCACGCGUCUCUUCCCCAUCGCCUAUCACUUCGUCGUCAAUCAGCAUCAGGAUCGUCGGGAUUUCACCGAAAAGUUCAAGUCCUGCUUGUACGAGACAAUGGACGACAUACAGCCGUUUGGUGACGUGCCCCAAGAAUUAUUCAAGAAGAUUAGCAAGAGUCUGGAGGCUACCAGAGUGCUGAUACAGGCUCUAAGCCUCGGCAAAACCUUUCUCGACGGCACCGAUAGCGUGCUGUUCGCUGUCGGCAGUAGCAAUAGUCCUCAGCAAGAGGCCUGCUACAAUGCCCUGCUCAGGAUGACCUAUUGUCCAAAGUGCAAAGGAAUCGGAAAGGAUGUGCGAUCCUGUAACGGUUUCUGCAUGAACGUAAUAAGAGGCUGCCUGGCAGAGCCGGCGUACGAACUGGAUCUCGCAUGGUCCGGCUACGUGGAAACAGUCGGGAGGCUCGUCGCGGCGGUGGACAACGAUAACAAUCCCCUGGAAUUGAACAUCAAGAAUGCCGUCAGACAGUUGGACUCCCGCAUUUCGGAUGCCAUUAUGCACGCGAUGGAGGACGGACCGUCGCUCGAGGAGAAGGUGAGGAAGGUGUGCGGUCGUUCGGAAUUGCUGCCCGCGGACGAGGAGAACCCAGCUUUCGCGGAUGCAGCUGCGUCAUCCGGCGAGAUGCACGCAAGUGCGUCGUCGUUUCGCACGCACGACGACCUGCUGAAGGGAUCGCACAAGCAAAUAGGUUACUUUAUGGCGAGCUUCGAGACGUCCCGAAUUUUCUACAUGACGCUAGCGGACACGAUCUGCGAGGAAUAUCCCCGUAAACAUUGCUGGAACGGCGAACGCAUCGGCGAGUAUACGAAAACCGUGGUGGAUUCCAGUCCGAAUGCUCAAAGGUACAAUCCUGAAAUCACGUUAACGACGUCGUCGACGCCCGUUACCUACGCCGGCAAUACGAACAUAAGCUCGCUCAUUGACCAAUUGAGGCACAUUAAUCAGCUGGUACAGACGCAAUUGGCGUCCUCGCCUGAUGCCGGUGCCUUCCUGGGCGACGAGGCCCUGGACGGUUCCGGAAGCGGUGACAGCCCGGUUUGGAGGCACGGCAAGGGCGAGAUUGACGACGACGACGAGGACGAUGACGAUGGCGCUCACGAUGACGACGGGGCGUCCGGCUCCGGAAUGGGCCCGAUCACGUCAGAUUCAUCAACGGAAGUUCCUCUGAGGGAAGACAACGGCGGCGCCAGAUCGUCGACGAACUUGCUACCAAUCGUCCUCGCUAUUGUUUGCGCAUCGCUUAUCGCUUAAUCGGCCAUAUCGUUGAGACGAGAAGAAGGGAUGAUUUCAAUCCUUCCCCCUCCAUAACCAACACGUAGACGAGACGUAGAUAAGGAAAGAUAGACUAGAUCCUUACCGCGAUCGGAAAAGAUCGUUAGCAGAUCGAACCGAUUCGUUUCACGCGGGUACUUUUCCGACGUGUACGUCGACGAGGAGAGAUUCAAUGCCCACCGGAAUCGGUAUAUAACGCACUAUUGAUAAUUUAUCGGUGGCGUGUCGGGCAUCGAAGCGUACUGUUCCUGCCGGCGAUUCCGCGUUGCAAGCACGCGGUGCGGUUUUUCAAUGAUAUAUCGAUGCGCGGGGAGCGAGGGAGACAGAUUGAUAAAGGUAUAGGAGAGAGAGAGAGGGAGUGAAGAAAAGCCGGCAAAAAACGAAAGGAAAUGGGAAGGAGCGACGGGCGAGUCGCGUCUGAGAUGCCGCGUUUUGUAAAACGCGAUGAUAAAUCUCGCGAUGCUUCCGAGAUGAAAUUUUUCCGGCAAAAAAUUCGCGCUAGUUCCUUAUAUAUAGAAAUCCGAUACCGUGGAAACUGGAACGUGUAAUGUUCUCCUCUGUGGAAUUCAAAAUUUAUGGUCCUAAAAUUUAAAUAGGAUUUUUCUCAAGAUUUAUAUAUUCGGGAAGAAACUUGCGGACUUUUUUAAAUCCGGAUAUAUUGAUUUUAACGAUGAUGCGAAAUAUUUAUUCGUCCUAGUUGAAGGAAGGGGUCAGCAUAUUGGUCGUUUCAGUCCCAGAGUAUCGAGACAGUGAUCGAGAAUCGUUAAUCGUCACCUAGAUCGAGUGGAAUGCAGGUCAGUAUUCUCUCUAUUAUUUUCUAAAAGAAAUUUAUGAUUUUAUUUUGCGACAGAAUUGCACGAACACAAAAUUACAAUCGUAAACCAAAAUUAUUAACGAAAAGUAUUACAUUCGUCGAGGUUACAACAAAAUUCUCGUCCUACAAAAAGCUACUGCGAUUCGCGUAACGAUAAUGUCAUCAAAGUCAAAAAAGGUAUCAAGGAUAGGCACACCCAUCUUUUUAGAAAUACCAAGCACAUUUAAUAUAUCUUAUCGAUCGUCUUUGCGUAUACUUUCUCGCGAAACGUCAUAGGAUAAUGUGAGCCUAAUCGCGAAAAAUCCCCGAGAAAAAUUAUUCCGUCAAACGGGAGAAUUAUUCGGGACAUGCUAGCGUUACAUAAGAAUGCAUCGAUCGCCGGUUCUCCAGGAGGGACAAAACUUCCGAUCCGAAGGUCGACGAGUCUGUCCGUUUAUCUUUCGCGAGAGGGGCAAAGUAUGUCGCGUCGCUCUGAGAAAUGGCUUCGAGGAACGUUGUCUCUUCUCUGUUACAUUGGCCGUAUACUUCGUUAGUUGCAAGUUAUAAUAAAAUUUGCUAACAAGCGCCUAGAAAAGACUGUAAUCGCGUAAUGGAGGAUUCGGGAGAGAGAGAGAGAGAGAGAGCUGAUAGUGCGCCGAUAACUCUGACGGAUAACUGAUGACAAACUCCAUAUUGCCGGCAUUACGUAGGGCGGUAUUAAACACCACAGAAUCGCGAAUUGAUCUGUUUACUGAAGAAUCUAACCAGACGUUUUCAUUCGAAGCGGAUUAUUAAUUGUAGAAUAUUUUAUUCGGGAUUUACAAAUCUCAUCUUUUAUUAAUUACGAAAUGUGUAUUGAAAAAAUUACGCAAUUUUUUUUUUUUCUUUUUAAAGAGGCAUCGCGCCCUAAAUUUUUCUAACACAUCCGUUAGAUAUUUUUUCGAAUCUUGAUAUUAUUUAUUACAGGAUCAAGAUUUUUUUCUCCAUUUGUAUAUACAUUCUCUUUCGUCUUGCCUUUCUUUUUUUUAAAUUUAUUUUUUCGAAAUCGUGCGAAUUAUAAAGGACAGAUUCGAUAUAUCGAUUCACAUUCGGUGCCGAAUACCAGAUAUACAUAUAUAUACGUGGAAACGAAAGUAUUUUACCUUCACUUGCUCCUGUAUACGACGUUGACUCGCGCAAGAUGUCGUACGCAAAUAUCCUUGUAUUCUCGAGCCAAUCGGCCGCGAAUCGCGCGCCGACCAAACCAGCUGUCACGUUAAUAAUAAUAUAACGUGUGUGCCUCGUGUGUAUCUCGCGUGCGCUGUUCUCCGUUUUUCUAUAAAGUAGGGAAAAGUGUCUUUUUCGCCCGUUUCGGCGGAUGUCAUAUAUUAAUGUCGAUAUAUUAAUAUUAGAAAACGACAAAGGGAGAAGGGGGAAGGGGGGGGGGUGAGGAGGAGGCCAUAUAUUGUCAUCCGAAUGUCGGUGUGAUACGCGCAUAUAUAUAUAUAUAUAUAUAUAUAUAUAUAUAUAUAAACAAAUAUAUACAUUAUAUAUAUGAAAAUUAACUGCCAAAAAAUGCCAGUUAUACAUACACGAUCGAGAGCUGAUUUUUACUCGAGAUGGUGAUUAUUAUUCGCUGCGCGAACCUCGAGAUCCCUGUGUAUUAGGUGUACUAGUGUGCGAUGCGUGUCGUCCUUCCUGCGUGUGCGUAUACAUCUUCUGUGAUUUAUCUUUCACUUUUCCUUCCUAGAAAAAGGGGCCUUUUUAACGCAGCAGACACAAAUUUGUCGAACAAGAUGAAGAAAACGGAAAAAAAAUAAAAAAAAGUUACGCGACUCGCUCCCGCUGAAAAUAUUUUCGAAUUUUUUAGUAGAUAUUGAUAGUAAUUGUGCCGGAAAUUAUGUAAAUAUAUAUACAUUUUAGAUCAUAAUCAGUAGCCUUUCGAAAAGUCGUCGUUAUCGUGGAUCACUCGACAUCUGUGUCAAAAUAAUAUACAUACACAUUUCUUUUUUAUUAAUUUUAUAUGUGUAUAUAUAUAUUUUUUUUUCUUAUUCAUUUAUUAUUAUUAAUUCAUUUACAAGUUGGAGAAAAAAUUAAUUUUUUACCAACUAUUUAUAUAAUUGAUAAUUUUGUAGCUUUUAAUGAGAAAUCGAAUCAGCCAUAAAUUUUCUUUAUAAUUUAUAAAUUAUAAAUAUUUUUUCACAACAUAACAUAGAGAUAUUGAUCGCAAAACAUCUCGUGACAAUAGCGAACAGUAUUAAAAUUGAUGAUUGCAGUAUUAUACAUUUAUAUCGUCCUGCAGAAAUGUUCUCAAAAAAGAUAUCUAUUAAUAUAUUCAGAGCUGACAUAUUAACGAACGCGAUCGAUCGUUAAAUAACGCGCGGUGACGAUUUUAUUUUCAUCCUAUGAAAGAGAUGUCAUAGAUAUUUUCGCGAAUUUCGCCAACAUGUUAACUAACUAGAAAAUAGGCAACGUGCCAAAUUGAUUUACCCUCCCUUUUUCCGUUUCUCUCCAAUUUUCACGCGCAAAUUAACUAGAAAUAAUUAAUAAGAGCAUCAAUAGUCCUCGUGAAUAUUGCAACUUUGAUAUUUUUAAUCAUGAUAUUCCAUUCGUUACAUUUACAAAAGAAAUGGAAAAUUAAAUUUGCACGCAGUCUGAUAUUUUUAUGGCAAACACCUUUAAAAAUUUUAAAUCUCUCCUUUAGAAUUUUUAUUGAUUUUCACGUUUCUGGAAUAAUUUUUGCGAUUAAUUCGACGAUAAUUCCAGUUUGAGAUUGUCGUCGAUGAUCCACGAUCGCGAUUCGGGCAAUCAAUCUCGUUUUUUUUUUUUUAGUACCCAGAGAGCUCCAUGACGCAAGAUUCUUUCUUGGAUCGAUAUCCUAAUCGUUCUUAUAUAGACGAACAUUACGAUAUUAACUAGCCGUGCUGAUUAUUAAGAUUAAGGAUAUUAUCCCGUGGCGUUUUUCGCGCGCACAUCACUCGCACAAUUAACUUGAUCGGAAAAAGUUGAAAGGGCGAACUAUUUCUACUGCGAAAUGUAUACACGAAACCGAGGAACUUUCCACAUUCUCGCGACAAACUUGUGUAUGACAUUUGAACGGCGGGGUUUGCUUUUUAAAUCAAUCAGAAUGCUUUUGAGAGAUGAUUGCAUAUUUUCUAAUUAUCAUAUUAAUUAUAUUAAAAAAUUAUGGUCGUUCAUAUGACUUUUAAAAUUACGAAAAAUAAUGACUUUAUAUUCUUAUUUUAUAUUAUUUUAUAUGUUGUAAUAGACGAUUUAAAUUAUUUAAAGGUACCAUUUACACGUAUAUAUAUAUAUUUUUUUUUUGCGGAGAGAAAAAAAAGUGAUUUAUUUGCAAGAGGUAAAAAUUUUAUCGAGUGUUCUGAUUCUCUCUCUGAUUGAUUCUACAUAAGGAAGUAAAUGGUAGAUAGCAACAAACAAGACAACGUUGGCUUCUUGUGAGGUGACGCGAGUCGCGACGCUCCGGCGACGCCGUAUUCGUUUUGUAUAUUUGAUUUUCGGAUAUCUUUGAGGAUGAGUGAGUGCCUUUCUGAAUAUCCCUGGCCGUAGCGUCGCGUCGUCGCUCCUCGGAUGAGAGAGAGAAACCUGAAUGGCCACCCGCGCGCGAAUAAGGGUGCGGAAUCGUGCUCUUUCUCAAGCUAUAUAGUACAUGUGUAUGUGUGAGAAUAUAUAUAUAUAUAUAUAUAUAUAUAUAUAUAUAUAUAUAUAUAUAAAUGCUUCUCUUCUCCUUUUGUAAUUUCUUCCACCGUAUCUCGCCUCUUUACGUUCCCGCGUGAGCUCUCCGAAGAUAUCUAGUGGAUUUGCAAACAUUUGUCCCAACAUUGGGAUAAACUGAUGGCGAAGGAGCGGAUGGUUUGCGAGUCGAUGGGAAUGAAAUUGAAAAAAAAAUGCAACCAGAUGUGUUUGAAUAAUUUUGUAGAACGGCAAUCUCUCGUCUUUUCGAGUCGGGGUCGACAAUGCGGAUUUUCACACAGAGUUCGACACUUGAAUCCGUUUCACGGUGAUCCAAUUGGAUCAUUUAUAUGCAUUGAUCGGAUGAAGAACGGCCCGUGACGAGCUCUUACGGACACGCCAUUGUCCGAGGGAUCUCCUUCCUUUCAGAGCGCUAAUAAGAUCGAAAUCCGGUGAGAGGACGAGCCCGCAGCUCGCCAGGCGAUCACGUUAGCCGCGCAAAGAGCCUUAAUUCAGCGUGGGCCAGACGCGCAAUUGUUCGAGUUUACCGUCGUAUAAUUCGUCGUCAAUUUCGUAGUCGGGCCUUUGUCGGGCAUAUUUCAGGCAGCGCAUUCAGAUGAAUCUGUCAAGUCUCUCUCUCGCGCGCGCGCGCGACUCCCCGUCCUUGCAUCCACCAACGUCUUUUCGGUUUUGUUAGACCUUCAUUGCUGAUAUCGGUGUUUCGCGUGCUGCACGAUCUCGACGAUACAGGUAUCAAUUUGUCGUCGGCACGAACGAUAAUGUGUUUCGAGGAAUUCGGACGGCGCGGCGCGAAUUAUUUUACGUCUCAAUGUUAUCUUAUUUCCAGGGUUGGUAAGUUAAUUUUUUUUUCUUUUUUUCUUUUUUUUUUUUUUAACGAAGUUUAAAGUUAAAAGUUAAUUAAGUUUGCGUUAAAAGUUACUUGAAAAUUGACUCGGUUAAAGUGAAGAAAUUAUUAUUAUUAUUAUUAUUAACUUAUUAAAAUUAAAUGUUAACAGCGAAUCGAUACAUCCGACAAAUUGUGCAACAAAUGAAAUAUUCGCGUUACAAUCAAUCAUUUUCACACAAUUUUAAUAAAUUGAAGAAUCUUAAUUUGUAUAAAAGAAAAAAAAUUAAUAAGGCAACGUUAAGGCAUUUAAAAAUAACUGGUUUAAGUUAACAUGUUAACGCGUAAACACGUUAAAAAGUAACUAAGUUAAGUUAAAAGUUAUUAACUUUUCAAUUUUUUAACUUAACUUUUAACUUAUUCAACCCCCUCCUCAUUUCAUAUCAUUAUCCCAAUAUCGUCGAGAUAACAAUCACGCUAAUGUUUGAUUCGAAAAAAUGUACAUUGACACGUUUACUUAAAAUUACGUGUUAAAGAUCACUUAAGUCAUUAGCGUAAUCAGAUAAUGGGAGUUUAUAAGACUGAUCAUGUGCGUGGGGAGUAAUGUCGGUGAUACGGGCUUUAAUUUAAUGGCUAAUUUAAUGAUAAUGAUCCGCUCUUUCGCCAUCAAAAUUCGCGAGAUUGUCGUAGCGAGAGAAUAAGAGGAAGGACGCAAAUGAUCGGGUGUUCUAGAGAAAAGGAGUUACGAUGCAAGAAAAUAGAAAUGAGAAUGAAAGAGAGAAAGUGAGAGAGAAAGAGAGCGAAAAGGAAGGGAAAUGCGAUAAAUCGAUUUGUAAAUACAUAACGAAUGUCUGCUGUAUUUAUAUAGUUAUAUACGUUAAAAAUAUCGACCUAAAUGAGAGCGAGAGAGAGAGAGAGAGAGAGAGUAGCAGCUAAUAAAGCAACUAAAGUAAUUAUCGACGAAAUAACCGUUAAUUAUAAUGUUAAAGCGAGUCUAAUUAUAUAUAUUAUGAAUAUGCGUAAAGGAAACAUAUGCGAAGAUGCGAACGCGGAAGGAAACUCGAGUGAUCGAUAAGGAGUUCUUUUUUUUUUUUCUUUUUUCUUUUUUCUUUUUGCCAUCAAUGCGCGUAUCGCAUCUCUCGUUGUUAUUGCCAUUUGCCUCGUAUAGCGAAGCGGUUUGUCCCCUUAUCAAGGUUUUCUUCGUUUAUCUUGUGAGAGCGAAUGCGAGGAACGAGACGCGAACAGAAUACACGAAUAAACUUAUAAUCGUUCGAUCGAAUCGCUUUGUAAUUACCUAUAUAAUUAGUGAGAGAGAAUGCGUAUGUGAGUUUGUGUCUACGUGGAAGAGAAACGAAGAGAGAGAGAGAGAGAGAGAGUGCUUGUGUUUCGAUUACAUUAUAUAACAAUUAUUAGUCUAGCAUAUCUGAUGCAUAUUUUAUCGUACAUACUAACAAGAUCCGUUGUUUUUUAACGGAAUUAUUGCGUUACACACUUAGCUAUUUAAUGCGUCUUGCAAUAUUUAUUGUUGCGCCUUGCGUUUACUAUGUGAUAUAGGGCUACUUAUAUUAUUAUCUCGUUAUUGUCGCUCGUUCUUGUUUCAUUAUCUAAUUGCGCGCGAAGCACAGCGCGCGUUUUCCGACGUCGUCGGCAAAAAGAAAGGAAACCAGCUGUUCACGUUGCUCUGUCGAUCCGUUUAUUACACUUUGUUUAAUUACAAUCAUCUGAUUAUAACUCAUUGAUAACGUUAAUUAUACAUGCAUACGCAGCCGCGAUUGUAAUCAAUUGAGUUUUUUUUAAUGUGACGAUUUCGCUGCUAUCAGUUUAUAAUAAAAAUAACUUUGCCUAUUAUUUUGGAUUUUAAAUUCUGCUAAUAAGUCGAUAUUUUUUAUCGCUAAAAUUAUCAAACUAACAAAAUUCAAGCUGUGAAAGUAAUUCCCUUUACCACCCCUUCCUCUACCCUUAAAGAAACAAUUUCGAUUCGUAGUUAAGACAAGCGAAAAUGCAGUGUACAUCAGAUAGUUUCAAUCAGACGCAGUUCUCGAUUAAAUCACUAACCCGAAUUGAACGAGAAAGCGUUAGCAAAGUGAUCGUAAAGUAAAAAGAAGAUGUAGCAGAGAGGGAGAAGAAUGCGAACGAUGAUCGUGAGCAAUCUAUAUAUGUAUAUAGAUGUGUCUGCGCGUACAUUCGUGUGUCUGUAUGCGCAUUCUUAUAUAUACAUACACCUACACACGCAUGCGUACAGGAACAUGACUUGCUCGUGCGCGUUAUUAUAAGUGUUAUACGAGAGAUUAAACAAAUUAUUAUUAAUUAUUAUCGCGAUUGAUUCGGUCGCAACGGCGCGCAUGUCAAUUGGCGACGAUCUGUAAAAACUGUUUACGAGUGAAUGGCGAAUAAAAUAUUAUACAACAACGAGA